CCUCCCUUGUUAAUUUUCCUAUGCUAAAAUCCCUCUCUACAAUUCUCCUGCCCGUAUAACCUAAAGAACCCAACCAACAAUCAUACAGACGAACACCUUUCAUACAAGUACUAAUUACCCAAUAUGAAACCAAUUCUCGCUCCUCUUUACCCUUUCAGCUUGUUUCACCUCUUCGUCACCCUACUGGUGAUCGGAGAGUCCACAACCAUCUACUCUCCAACCGAUGUUAUCAACCUUGAUUGUGGCUCAUCCGGCGACAUGGUCAGUGACUCUGAUUCUCGAACUUGGAGUGGAGAUAUCAACUCAAAGCUUUCCCCUAUAGAAGUUGGUGGUGCAUCCCAAGUUUUGAAAGCACCACGGUCGUCCUCGACGGGCAGCCAAGUACCGUACACCACAGCACGGCUUUCUCGCUCGGAAUUCACUUACCGAUUUCCCGUCAGUCCCGGCCAGAAGUUCAUUCGCCUAUACUUUUACCCAGGCUCAUACAACGCUGACUUCGACCGCUCCAAGUCUCUCUUCUCUGUCAAAGCCGGUGGCUACACCCUUCUCAAAGACUUCAACGCUUCUGUCACUGCAGAUGCUGAAUAUAUUGAGACGAUGCUCAAGGAAUUCUGUAUUAACAUUGAGCCGGAACAACAGAGGCUGAACAUCACAUUCACUCCCAGCAAAGAUGGAUACGCGUUUAUCAACGGGAUUGAAAUUAUGUCCAUGCCUGCCUCUCUUUACUACACUGCAGCCCAAGGCGAUGGACCUACUCUUAUCGGCACCGAAAACCGGUACCCUGUGAAAAACAACACCGCUCUGGAGAAUAUCUACCGAAUCAACGUCGGUGGAGACUGGGUCUCACCGAAUGAAGACACCGGCAUGUACCGCAACUGGGGGUUUGCAAGUACAAAUUUCUACUUAUGGGCUGGUCCAAGUAGAUUUUUCAGAAUUCACCUUCAGCUCAAAUUUGCAAGAAUCCCUAACUACACUGCCCCGAAAGAGGUUUACCGAACCGGCUUGGGGAGCUACAAUCUCACCUGGGGGUUUCCUGUAGAUUCACAUUUUUAUUACCUGGUGAGGCUCCAUUUUUGUGAGAUUGUACCAAAUUAUACGAUGGAUGGAGAUCGUGUGUUUCAGAUUUUUAUAAAUAACCAAACAGCGGAGCAGAAAGCGGACAUAAUCCAAUGGAGUGGAGGAAAUGGGAUUCCCAUAUAUAGAGACUACCUUCUGUUCGUGCCCAGUCGUCCAAACAAGAAGAAAGGUAAAGUUGAUAUCAUUGUUGCACUACAAGCAAAUUCGAAAUCUCGAUAUAAGGCUGCAAUCUUGAAUGGGCUCGAAAUCUUCAAACUGAAUGACACAAACGGCAAUCUCGCCGGACCCAAUCCCGACCCACCACCGCCACGACCUCCACCGCCACCGCCACCACCGCCGUUCUCGAUCCCGACGCAAACGGAAAAACCAAAUGUGAAGUCGAUUCCUAUGCUUGCUAUCCUUGCUGGUGUAGUUUCGGUCUUAUUUGUUCUUUCCCUAGUCGGGUUUUUAGUUUUUAGGCAUGGAAGGAAACUCAAGGACUCCAUCUCCAGCCACAGGAUGACGAGGCUAGCCAUGACCACUGGGUCAUUUUUACCAUCUUAUUUGUGUCGUUACUUUUCACUGGCAGAGAUCAAAGCCGCCACCAAAUACUUCGAUGAUACUUUCAUUAUUGGAGCUGGGGGAUUUGGCAACGUAUACAAAGGAUUCAUCGAUGGUGGAGGCACUCCAGUUGCAAUCAAACGGCUGAAAGCCAUGUCAUCACAAGGGUCCCGCGAGUUUAGGACGGAAAUUGAGAUGCUCUCUCGACUCCGCCACCGCCAUUUGGUGUCUCUUAUCGGAUUUUGUGCCGAUGAAGGUGAGAUGAUCUUGGUGUACGAUUACAUGGCACGUGGGACUCUUCGUGACCAUCUCUACCACACUGAUAAUCCACCUCUUCCAUGGGAACAACGGCUUCAAAUUUGUAUUGGCGCGGCGCAAGGUUUGCACUAUCUUCACACAGGUACCAAGGGCACCAUCAUUCACCGUGACAUAAAGAGCACAAACAUAUUAUUGGAUGAGAAAUGGGUGGCCAAGGUUUCAGAUUUUGGGUUGUCAAGAAAGGGCACAAUCACCGUGUCCAAGACCCACAUUAGCACGAAGGUGAAGGGUAGUUUUGGAUAUCUUGACCCGGAUUACUAUCGACGUCAACAAUUAACUGAGAAGUCUGAUGUGUACUCCUUCGGUGUAGUGUUGUGUGAGGUAUUGUGUGGAAGGCCAGCAAUAACAACUGUAAAGAAUAAUCGAGUUGGCUUAGCUGGAUGGGCCAAGAAGUGUCAUCGUAAUGGGAAACUUGAUCAAAUUAUUGAUCCAAAUUUAAACGGUAAGAUUGCGGCACGAUGCUUGCAAAAAUUUGUUACCAUGGCGAUGAAUUGCAUAGAUGAUAAUGGAGUCAAUCGACCUUCAAUGGAUAAUGUUGUGAGAGGGCUUCAAUUUGCAUUGCAGUUGCAACAGAACAAUGAGGAUUAUAUUGAUUACGUUGAAAGGACGCAUGAAGAUAAGAUUGUUUCGAUCAAGGACAAUGAAGGGUCCAGUGAACAAGAUUAUGGGGCGAACGAAUCCGUGCAAGGGUUGACUGGGACGAUCUUCUCUGAGAUCAUUGAUCCGGUUGCCAAUAUGAAACCGAUUCUCGCUCCUCUUUACCCUUUCAGCUUGUUACUCCUCUUCGUCACCCUACUGGUGACCGGAGAGUCCACAACCAUCUACUCUCCAACCGAUGUUAUCAACCUGAAUUGUGGCUCAUCCGGCGACCUGGUCUAUGAAUCUCAAACUUGGAGUGGAGAUAUCAACUCAAAGCUUUUCCCUAUAGAAGUUGGUGGUGCAUCCCAAGUUUUGAAAGCACCACCGUCGUCCUCCACGGGCAGCCAAGUACCGUACACCACAGCACGGCUUUCUCGCUCGGAAUUCACUUACCGAUUUCCCGUCAGUCUCGGCCAGAAGUUCAUUCGCCUAUACUUUUACCCAGGCUCAUACAACGCUGACUUCGACCGCUCCAAGUCUCUCUUCUCUGUCAAAGCCGGUGGCUACACCCUUCUCAAAGACUUCAACGCUUCUGUCACUGCAGAUGCUGAAUAUAUUGAGACGAUGCUCAAGGAAUUCUGUAUUAACAUUGAGCCGGAACAACAGAGGCUGAACAUCACAUUCACUCCCAGCAAAGAUGGAUACGCGUUUAUCAACGGGAUUGAAAUUAUGUCCAUGCCUGCCUCUCUUUACUACACUGCAGCCCAAGGCCAUGGGCCUAGUUUUAUCGGCACCGGAAACCGGUACCCUGUGAAAAACAACACCGCUCUGGAGAAUAUCUACCGAAUCAACGUCGGUGAAUACCCACUCUCACCGAAUGAAGACACCGGCAUGUUCCGCACCUGGGAUUACGACUUCUACUUAUUGGAUUAUUCAAAUUUCGGGUCGACAACAUCCAGAUUUGACCUUCAGCUCAAAUUUGCAAGAAUCCCUAACUACACUGCCCCGGAAGGGGUUUACCGAACCGGCAUGGAGAGCUACAAUCCCAUCUGGGGGUUUCCUGUAGAUCCACAAUUUAAUUCCCUGGUGAGGCUUCAUUUUUGUGAGAUUGUACCAAAUUAUACGAUGGAUGGAGAUCGUGUGUUUCAGAUUUUUAUAAAUAACCAAACAGCGGAGCAGAAAGCGGACAUAAUCCAAUGGAGUGGAGGAAAUGGGAUUCCCGUAUAUAGAGACUACCUUCUGUUCGUUCCCAGUCGUCCAAACAAGAAGAAAGGUGAAGUUAAUAUCAUUGUUGCACUACAAGCAAAUUCGAAAUCUCGAUAUAAGGAUACAAUCUUGAAUGGGCUCGAAAUCUUCAAACUGAAUGACACAAACGGCAAUCUCGCCGGACCCAAUCCCGACCCGCCACCACCUCCACCGCCACCUCCACCGCCGCCUCCACCGCCUCCACCGCCACCACCGCGAACACCGCCGUUCUCAAUCCCGACACAAACGGAAAAACCGACUUUGAUUCCUAUGCUUGCUAUCCUUGCUGGUGUAGUUUCGGUCUUAUUUGUUCUUUCCCUUGUCGGGUUUUUAGUUUUGAGGCGUGGAAGAAAACUCAAGGACUCCAGCUCCAGCCACAGGAUGACGAGGCCAGCCAUGACCACUGGGUCACAUUUACCAUCUUAUUUGUGUCGUUACUUUUCACUGGCAGAGAUCAAAGCCGCCACCAAAUACUUCGAUGAUACUUUCAUUAUUGGAGCUGGGGGAUUUGGCAACGUAUACAAAGGAUUCAUCGAUGGUGGAGGCACUCCAGUUGCAAUCAAACGGCUGAAAGCCAUGUCAUCACAAGGGUCCCGCGAGUUUAGGACGGAAAUUGAGAUGCUCUCUCGACUCCGCCACCGCCAUUUGGUGUCUCUUAUCGGAUUUUGUGCCGAUGAAGGUGAGAUGAUCUUGGUGUACGAUUACAUGGCACGUGGGACUCUUCGUGACCAUCUCUACCACACUGAUAAUCCACCUCUUCCAUGGGAACAUCGGCUUCAAAUUUGUAUUGGCGCGGCGCAAGGUUUGCACUAUCUUCACACAGGUACCAAGGGCACCAUCAUUCACCGUGACGUAAAGAGCACAAACAUAUUAUUGGAUGAGAAAUGGGUAGCCAAGGUUUCAGAUUUUGGGUUGUCGAGAAAGGGCACAAUCACCGUGUCUAAGACCCACAUUAGCACGAAGGUGAAGGGUAGUUUUGGAUAUCUUGACCCGGAUUACUAUCGACGUCAACAAUUAACUGAGAAGUCUGAUGUGUACUCCUUCGGUGUAGUGUUGUGCGAGGUAUUGUGUGGAAGGCCAGCUAUAACAACCGUAGAGAAUAAUCGAGUUGGCUUAGCUGGAUGGGCUAAGAAGUGUCAUCGUAAUGGGAAACUUGAUCAAAUUAUUGACCCAAAUUUAAACGGUAAGAUUGCGGCACGAUGCUUGCACAAAUUUGUUACCAUGGCGAUGAAUUGCAUAGAUGAUAAUGGAGUCAAUCGACCUUCGAUGGAUGAUGUUGUGAGAGGGCUUCAAUUUGCAUUGCAGUUGCAACAGAACAAUGAGGAUUAUAUUGAUUACGUUGAAAGGACGCAUGAAGAUAAGAUUGUUUCGAUCAAGGACAAUGAAGGGUCCAGUGAACAAGACUGUGGGGCGAACGAAUCCGUGCAAGGGUUGACUGGGACAAUCUUCUCUGAGAUCAUCGAUCCGAUUGGUAGAUAAUAGACGAGCAACAUUGUUAACAAGAUGAGAGCAAUCUUCGUAGAAUAAUAGGAGCAUCUAUACGUGUAUUAUAUCAGUUGUCAUAUAAGAUGGAAUGCAUGUGUGACCUAAAAAAGUGGCGAUCAUAUAAUCUAUCAAUAAUUUCAACUCAAUUGUUAUGUUAGUAAUCCUAUGCAUGAGUUUAGGAAAUGUGAAAGUCUUGUGCGUCUUUGUUGAAUGCAAGGGGCCGCGUGGUGCUGCGGUUUCUUAAAUAAUGGUUCUGCUAAAUGCUU